AUGACCGGUAUCCUAGAUAAACUCAAACCAUAUCUCGUCUAUCCCUCCACCAUCGGAACCUAUUCUGUGAGGCCCUUACCUUGGUUGCUUGGGAAUGCCCCAACGAUCGGCCAAUCCUUGUAUAUUGCCAUGUUUGUCAUCCUCAACGUGGUGCUCACGGCUGUCAACUAUGACCGAUCACAACCUCAUCCAUGGUAUUUUUCGCCUAGAGAAGAGACUCUCGCCUACAUUGGAUAUCGAACAGGCCAUAUCAGCUAUGCGUUAUUACCCCUGGUCAUACUCUUCUCUGGUCGCAACAAUUUUCUGCUGUGGAUAACGAACUGGCCAUACGCCACGUAUAUCCUUCUGCAUCGUUGGAUCGCACGGGUCUUUACCAUCCAAGCCAUCCUUCACAGCAUCACAUUACUCAUAACCUAUUCCAGUUCAGGUAGUUAUCCCGUCGAGUCCAAAAAGGCCUACUGGCUCUGGGGAAUAGUUGCCACGGUCCUGGCAUGUGCCAUGCUAGUCCUCAGUCAUCUAUACUUUCGUCGCCUUUCCUACGAAAUCUUCCUGGUUCUCCACAUAUUCCUGGCCGCUUUUGUCAUCAUUGGCUGCUGGUACCAUGUGAUUCUGAAAUGGGGUUUUAAUUUCUAUGAUAACUGGCUCAUUGCAGCUUCUGCCGUUUGGUUCUUCGAUCGGCUAGUCCGAGUUGUUCGAGUCGCCAAGAAUGGCAUCCGACAUGCAACCAUCACAGAUGUUGGGCCAGACCAUGUACGCGUUGACAUCCCAGGGAUUCGUUGGUCCAACAAGCCUGGGCACGUUGCAUAUGCCUUCAUCCCCUCGCUGAGUCCGCUUCGACCUUGGGAGAAUCAUCCCUUUUCUGUCAACUCCACUUCCCUGUUUCGACAAUACACCAGCAAGGAGCUUCAUUCACCAGGCUCGGAUUCAGACCGUUCGCCGCCAAUGUCAAUAGACGCUGGGGCCGAUGCGGAAACCAAGACUGCGACCAAAGUGCUGGAAUCUGGCCUUGCGACGCCAACGUCUUCUAGUGUAACCAUGUCAACGACUACAGCGGGGUUGACAUUGGUCGUCACCAAGAAGAGCGGCUUGACAAAACAUCUUAAAGGCAGACAGGGCAGGAUCCCAGUCUUGCUUGAGGGUCCAUAUGCUCAUCAACCAAGCAGCGAUAUUCUCCGGUGUGACCGGGUGGUCCUGGUAGGUGGUGGCAUUGGCAUCACCGGCCUUGUGGCGUGGAUACACUCACAUCCAAACGUCAAGCUUGCAUGGUCCGUCAAGUCACGACAUGAGCAACUAGUUAGAGAGAUGGCUAUUACGCUGCAAGAGGUUAAAGAUCAAGAAGUUCUGGUAGGAGAGCGAUUAGAUCUGAGACGUCUCUUAAGUCACGAAGCGGAAUCCGGGUAUGCUAAGAUAGGUGUCGUUGUUUGCGGGCCUGGGUCCAUGUGUGAUGAGGUUAGGAGUAUCGUGGCAGGGUUAGGAAGGUCUGGGAAGACUGUCUUUGAGUUGGAGGUUGAUUCUUUUUCUUGGUAG